CCCCAAAAGUAUUAGAGAGUAAGGACGGAAGAGUGGGCGCCAAUGGAGAAGCACAAGGACCCAAUUCUUACCUGUCAAAAGUCGUCGUCUUUACAUUUCUAGGGUCCCAAUUUCCAACCACCUUAUAUACCCACACCCAUACUCCCCUUAAUUCAUUACCACUCUCUCACGAUCCACUAAAUUCGUGCCAAAAAUGAACUGAUGAUACAUGGGUAAAGCCACCAGAUGGUUACGUUCGCUUCUCCGUUCCAAGAAAUCGCCGUCGGAAUCAUCGCCGGCGACGAAAGACGGAAAGAAUAACAAGUGGGGUCUCGGAAAAUCUUCUAAUGGAAGUGGGAGAAGCAUUGUUCGAGGUUCUGGAGCUGAGAUUGCUUAUGGGAAUGAAGACCCACAAGCGAGUCCUUAUGAGGAAGCACUGGACGCGAACAAGCACGCCAUAGCGGUUGCGGCAGCCACUGCCGCGGUAGCAGAGGCGGCACUGGCGGCCGCUCAGGCUGCGGCGGAGGUUGUUAGGCUUACAAGUGGUAAGAGGUCCGGUUGCACCUAUGGGAGUAGUAACACCGAACGCCGCCGUGAAUGGGCUGCCGUUAAAAUUCAGUCAGAAUUUCGAGCUUACUUGGCUAAAAGAGCACUGAGGGCACUAAAGGGACUAGUGAAGCUGCAGGCACUAGUCAGAGGUCGUAUAGUGAGGAAACAAAGUGCAGAUAUGCUCCGACGUAUGCAAGCCAUGGCUCGAAUCCAGGCUCGAGCCUCUGCCAACCGGAAUGUAACUUCAGAUCCUUCUCAUUCCAACAUCAGAGUUUCACGAUUUGAUCAUCCUAGCAUUGCAACUCCGAGAAAAUAUGAUCCACAGCAAUAUUCAUUCAAUUGUAAAUAUCAUGGGCCAAACCUGAAGAAAUCUGGUUCCAAAUUGAAACCGCAUGAGAGCUUUGGUCAGGAUAGGUCACAUGUGGCUUCACAAUGGAUACAUCAGUGGAUGGAGGAAUGUGCGAAAAAUGGCUACAGAGAUAGCUCCCUGAAAAAAGGCGGUGGAGAUCAUGAUGAGAGCACUGACAAGAUACUUGAGAUAGACACAUGGAAACCACGCUUAAACCCCAAACCAAGUGAGAAAAAGUCUCACAAUUCAAAUUAUUCAUCUUGGAACGACAAUGCUCACGGAACAAGAACUAUCAACUCUAUAUCGAAACAUUUGGCAAACCAUAUGAAACCAAAUCCUAGUAUAUCUUCAGGGGAAGUGUCAUCUUUAAGGUCACUGACAUUUUGUCAAGAUACUGAUCAGCCAGCUGCUUGGACUGUUGAGCACAGCCCUGGUGUGCACUCCACAUUGUCCAGACCAGGGAGUAGCAGUAGAAGAGGUCCAUCUCCUUCGAGAAGCGAGUGCUCACGAAGCUUGUUUGGGGACUACCCAGGUCACCCCAACUAUAUGUCUAAUACAGAAUCAUACCUUGCGAAACUUAGGUCGCAUAGCGCACCCAGGCAAAGAGUGCAGUUUGAGAAAAUUGGUUCGACAAAGUAUGUUGAUGGACUGGUGGAUGCAGAUACAAAUUCGGAGAAGAGUUGGAGAUCGCUUGGUAACUUUAGGAACAAAGCAAAACCAGGAUCAGGUCAGUCAGACCGAAUAGGGACACCUGAUCAUCGCAGUGCUGUCCGUUCCAGCUCUCCCUUCGGCACGAGAUAAUAGAGAGAUGCUUCCUUUGACAAUUGCGAAGCAAUUUAGUCAUGCUGUACAAAUUGUAGUAGUGAAAAUCAACCUUGGUCACAAUGUGACCUAAGGUAAGUACUUGUCAAGUUGAUGAGAAGACUUGUGUUUGUAGAGUGAAAAUAACAGGUUGCUUGGAUUGUUUUCUGUUGAGUUAUUAAAUUUUGCUUGUAACAAUGUUAAGUUAUUUAUUAUUGCCUUUGAUGAAAUGUAGUACUACCAUUUUUAAAUGACUUGUAACA